AUAAAAAUAUCGUUGGUCUAAAUAGGAAAUUACGUUAUCUUCUGUUUACAUAUACCCAGAAGGCGAAAUAAUCUUUUUGGGAUAGAAUUUUGGUUUAAUAACAUUAAUCGACAUGGGUGGCUACGGAGUAAUGGCCGACGAGGAAACUAUUGAUUAUUCAGUACACGAAGCAUGGAACGAAGCGACUAAUGUGUACCUUCUCGUGAUUUUGGUUAGCUUCGGUUUGCUGAUGUACGCCAGAAAGAACAAGAGGAAAAUAAUGCGUAUUUUCACACUGCCUCCUUCGGUCGGUUCAUCUCCGGAACCAAACUUCUAUGACAGUUUGCAGAAAGUGCGGUUACGCCAACAACUGGAAAUGUACAGCAUUGCGAGGAAAUUUGACCACCAGCAGCAGCAGCAGCAGCCGGGCAAGUCGGAUUGCGUGCAGCUAUCCAUGGAGUGAACCUAAGCGCCGUUCCUCAAGACAUCCGUCAUUCCCUCCGUGUGAUUUCAUUCCUACCAGCCCCAGUAGCCAAAUGAUGCACGCUUUAGAUUAUAUUGUGCGUCUUGACACGGAAACAUGUACUUUGUUCUUCUGAAUGAAUGAUGUGCCCCACGCGUAAUGACAUCAGUUUUUGAGUUUUUGACUGGUAAUGUUCCAGCGUUAAAAAUGACACAUGCCUGAAGCAAGAGUGUGUUUGUGGUGACGCCAUCUUUAAGGACAUUUUAUGGCUCAUGAUGAAUUGCCCUUACGGAAAGGCGCCAUUCUUUUAUUAAAAAAACAUUUGUUGUGAGAAUGAGGAAUGACUGCACUGUACAGGGCCAUGGUCAGUGUCGGAGUUGCCAAGGUUACAGAGUCUCCAGGUCCAGCAUGGAGGCCGCUUUCCUCCUCUGUGACGUCAUGAUGCUGAGCUGUGAAACGUGGAGAGGGAGGAGAGGAUGUAGGGUUAGACCGUUUGCACCUGUGUAAAUAUGUUUAAUAAAGUUCUCCAUACACAGAAA